AUGACUUCAUCAUCGUCUUCGGAUUCCGACGACGAGUUUGAGAACGAAAAGAAUGAUUACGAUGUCACCGAAACCAAGAAAGGAGGGAACAAAAACGAUGUCGAUUUCCUGGUCCGCGAAGCCAUGCGAGAAGAGAAAUUGAAAUUGAAAUCGAAACUGAAAGAAAAGAAGCGAACGACGGUACUUCCCAACGGCGAGGAUGAUGACGACGACGGAGGCGCUUUGAAUGGCGCGAACGCAAAGGAACCGGAAGAAGAGGCGAUGAUUGAGACGAUUAAAUCGAAAGAAACGAUCGAGGACGCGACUCGAGCGAGGAAACGAGCGCGAACGCUUCUUGGGAAAGCCGAUGACUUUAACGAGGAGGAGGAGGAAAAGGAGGAGAACUCUCGAGAAGAAGACGAGGAGGAGGAGGAGGAAGAGGAGGAGGUAAAAAUGGACCGGUUUGACAUGUCCAAAGAAGAGCAGGAAGGAUAUUUCGACCAAGAGACGGGAAAUUACGUGGAAUACAAGAAGGAGAAGAAACGGGCGGAGGACAGUUGGAUCGACGAGACGACGAAAGAGGAGUACGAAAAGUUCAAGACGGUGAAACCGUCCUCGCAAAGGUUGAUGGAGGCGGAGAAGGCGGCGGAGGAAGACGAGGAGAUGAAAUACGACCAGACCGAGGAGGGAGUGGCGAAAUUGAAGAGACGGUUGGCGGAGUUGCUGGAAGGAUCGACGGAGACGGCGCUGAGGGCGAUUAAACGCGUCGGCGGCGGGAGCGGAGGACCGGGGAAUACAAACAGUAAGAAUAAGUACGUGUCGAAACAAAAAUCAAUGAAGAACGGGAAGACGAAGCAACAAGAAAAAGAAAGAGGAAAGAGUGUGAAAUUAGAAGGCGAGAGUAAGAAGAUAUUUGACGAAAUCACGGCGAUUGCGUCGAGAUUAGUCGCGGCUGGAGAGUACGGCGCGUACACCAUCGAGAAGCAAAUGUUGGAAAAAUCGGCGAAUCUGGUCUUGAAGUUGGAGGCAAAAACGACAUACGAAGACGCCGAAGACGACAUGUUCGCAGAUUCCGACGACGACGACGAAGGUGUGAGAAAGAGUACGAAGAAAGGGUCCGCGGAAACAGAAUCAGCAGGGGUAGCAGCAAGUGUUGUUGAUCCGAAAACGUUUUCAAUCAAAGAGCUUAAACGUUGUCUGGAAUCCCACGGAAGAAGCAUCGGCUCCGGCGGCGAAAGAAUUGACAUUGAAAAGAUGUGUUUGGAAGCGUUAAAGUCGACAAUUGCUCCCGAUGGAUUCGUGUACGAUAAAUCGACUGGAUUAUACUACGGCGAAGCUUCAAAAAUGCACUGGCACUGCAAAGCGAAUGUGUACAAAACGGAAGAUGGGAACUGGUGGAAAUACAAUGGCCAAAUGUUCGAAGCGGCGUCCGAACCGUGA